AUGAGAUUCCUUUCAACCGCCGCGUUGUCCCUCUUGGCUGCCUUCGUCGCUGCCGAGGAGGACUUCACGGUCACCGUGACCAAUUACGUGACGGCGCCAUGUUUUGCCAGCGCCAUCAAGUCUGUUGACAAUGGAAAGGCUGCCGUCCUGGGAAUUCCCGUGGUUAUGGUCUGGGGAGAUGCAAAGGUCCCCUCCAGCAUCACCACGCCGACCACUACAGAGGGUGCGGCAAUUGAGUCUGAUGACGUAACAUUCACCGUCACAGAAUACUCCACUGAGUUUCUCACCACCGAGGUUCCAUGCACAGUCACCGACUACAUUACCACUCAGACCACCAUCACCACAUGUGUUGACUACGACUGUAGGAGAGUUGUCACCACCACCCUCUGCCCCACUACCUAUGUGACCACUGUCAAGAGCAUCUACCCAGUGUCUUCGAAGGUGGUCACGGAGUCUGUUUCUACGCUGAUCGCUACAGGCACUGGCUCCAAGCAGUCUGGUGUAUCUGUGUCCAAGCAGACUGGCAAUUCGGGUGUAGAAAACUGUACCAAGUGUAAGGUGCUUACACUUCUUCUGACCUACGAAAUCACCAGCACUAGUGUCAUAUUUUCAGCAACUGAGACUCCUGCUCUUUCCAAACCAACCUCCUCUGAGGCGUCCGUAUCCCAUACUGGCUCCAAUCCUCUCUACACCGAGCUGGCUGUCACCACCGGCUCAGUGAUUUCCGCCUCUGGCUCUCUCGACCUCAGCAGCUUGUUGGCCGACACUUCUUCCACUCUUCGUGCAACUAGUGACAUCUCGAGCUUGUUAACCGGCACUUCUGCUACCGCAAAGCCAACCAGUGGCUUCUCAAGCCUGGAGCUUUCACUGUUUGGGUAUUCCAACGCAACGCUGGCAAUUCCCUCAUCCAGUUCUGUUAGCUCAGGAUCCAGUUCUGUCAGUUCUAGCUCGAGCACAACUCAGGAAUCAACUUUGACCUUGUCCAGCACUCCGACCUGUCAUUCAGUGGUUGAUUUAUUUGCUGAAAUUUCCACCGAGGACCCAACGAAGUACUUUGCCGCUGGAGAAUUGCCUCUCGCCAUUCCUGAUGGAGUUACAAACACUCUUCCAUUCCAGACAAACAAGUUCUACGCUAACUUGUUCUUGGAAAACCAGGACCAAGAGGUAUGGACCUUCCCUUACGGUGUUUUCUGGGAUAAGACUAAUAAGUAUGGUUUUGCUGUACAGCACACCGAUUCAGAAGACAAAACGUAUGGUCCCGAAAAUGCUAACGGUGCCGCUAGUUACUACUAUAAUAAUCCUAGGGUUGGUGAUCUUGUUUUCUCCGCUUCAAACAUUGGCAAAAACGCCAAUUCUAUUGAAGUUAGCGAUAUGACAGAGUUUUCUGCCAAGGUUACAUUGUCAGAUGGCCUGAGCACCUCUAGCUAUAUUGAAUUUCCUCUUGUGAAGGGUAUGGGUUUCUUCACUGCCAUUUACCAUGGUGAAUCAACAUUGAGAAUCUCCUCCUUUAAUGCCAUCACCUUGUUGACCCAGAUUUUACCUUCUGACAGAAACCAGCUCGUUUACAGGGUUACGUUGAACUCGGGGAUUUCUUGGUUGUUAUUCGUCACUUUACCAUCCAGCAGCACCGAGUUUAGCUUGAAGAUCGAAAACGGUGAGAUUUUCGGAGAUCGUAAUUUGGAUGGUGUUAUUGUUCAAGCUGCUGUUGCCCCAUCGACCACAUCUCUUAUACCUGUCUACGCCGCUGCUGCCGGUCAGUAUGUCACCUCUGCAAAGGUUGUUGGAGCUCUUGAUUGUACUAGUGCAUCUUACAGUUUCAAGUACACUUCUUCCGGUUCGUCUUCAGCUGGAGUUCCCCUUUUGUUUGCCUUGCCUCACCACUUGCAAACUUUAGAUGACAAUGUAUUGAACAGAUUCACCGGUAUCCAAUUGGACUCUACCACUAAAGGAAAGAUGUCAGCAUUUUUGACUAACUCCUUUGAUUUCAAGGAGACAAUCAACAACAACAUCCAAUUCUUACCUUGGACACAAGAUGUCGGUACAUCACCUAUCACUUAUUCUGCCUCCCAGAUUAAAAAGAUUUAUGCUGCUGCCGUCGCUGAGCUUAACGGUGUUGACGUGGCUGCAACUAUUCUCCAGUUGCAGUCCUUGUAUUACAUGGGCAAGCUGGUUGACAAAUAUGCAUACAUUUUAUUAACGCUCAACGACAUUGUCAAGGACGAGGAUUUAACCAAACUGUUAUUGUCCGCUUUGAAGAGUUUUUUCUCCGAACUUUCUCUGAACCACAUUACCUAUCCAUUGAUGUACGACACGAAGUUCCAUGGUGUUACUUCUACUGCCAACAACAAAGGUGACACCGGUGCCGAGUUUGGCUCUGGCUAUUACAAUGAUCAUCAUUUCCAUUACGGCUACAUUGUACAUGCUGCUGCCAUUGUUGGUUACGUCGACAAGCUGUUGGGAGGAAGUUGGGCUGAAGACAACAAGGGCUGGGUUAACGCUUUGAUUAGAGAUGUUGCUAACCCUUCAACGAGUGAUCCAUAUUUCCCAGUGUCGAGACUGUUCGACUGGUUCCACGGUCACUCUUACGCCAAGGGAUUGUUCGCCAGUGCCGAUGGUAAGGAUGAGGAGUCCUCCUCUGAGGACUACAACUUCUCCUAUGGUAUGAAAUUAUGGGGUAAUGUCAUUGGUGACAAUGCAAUGGAGGCUAGAGGUGACUUAAUCUUGAAAAUCCAAAGCAGGUCGAUGAACGACUACUUCCUCUAUUCAAGUGAUAACACUAUUGAGCCAAGCAACUUUAUUGCUAACAAGGUUUCGGGUAUCUACUUUGAUAACAAGAUCGACUACAACACUUACUUUGGCUCCAACACUGAGUUUAUUCACGGUAUCCACAUGUUGCCAAUAACUCCAGCAUCGUCUUUAAUCAGAGGACCCGGCUAUGUGUCUGAGGAAUGGUCAGCUAUUAUUGGCAAGAUCAUUAAUUCUGUGAAUUCGGGCUGGACAGGUAUCUUGCGUUUAAACCAGGCUCUCUUUGAUGGCUCAAGCUCUUACGACUUCUUCAGCUCUAGAUCCUUCUCAGCCAAGUAUCUUGAUGGAGGACAGAGUCUUACGUGGAGUUUGGCAUUCUCGGCUGCCAUUGCUAAUGCCGCCUAG